AUCGUUGAUGACUCGCUGCCACCUAACGCAGCUUAGAUGAAAUAGUUGGCAAAUGUCUGUGCUACGAAUAUCACCAUGUUAUCAAAAUUAGCGUUGCUGUCACUAGUGCUAACCAAUUUCUCCUGUUUUUCGGUAAGUGUUUCGAAUACUCUAGUCACGCAUCGUACCAUUACUCGUUCUAAGACAACCGCCGGAAGCUGGCAAACAGUAACCUCACAAGUGAAUUAUAUCAAUCGCGAUGACCGAAGGCCACACACGCUGACAAAACGUGCCAACUCUCCAUCGUCUUCGAAAGGUCGCUCGCCUUUAACCGAAUUUAUGAUGCGUAUAUUGGACACCCUACAGUUGAUUCCCAUAAAAAAGACAAAAAGAAUGACCAAUCUCACUGGUCAGACACAGGAGACUACGAGGAUGGAGCCUGACUCGUCUACACCAACAAAGUUCUCACUAUUCGGCGACGGUGACCAACAGCCGUUAAUGCAAUCUUCACUCGAACAAACACUGGAUAUUGAAGAGCCACCACCAGCAACGGUAGUUCAGGAGAAAUCAUACUUCCCGGAAAAUGAUUGUGACGAGUCUCACCAUACUGACAGCAACGGUAACUCACAAGAGGAACCUGACGAGAAAAUCUACGACCUUCUAUUGAAAGUUCUUCAGGUUUUCGACGAUCAAGCUCAGAGAGAUUCGGAUCGGGCGCGCCGGCUGCAGGAUCGUCGUCUUCUCAGUGCAACUGACACUGAACAUUCGAUCGAUAAUAGUGAUGAACUAGUGAUAUGAAGGAUCCUGAGGAAAUCGUUAGAGUUUUUACAGAAUUAAAAGUCAUCUUCAUUUCGAUUAUUAAAAUAUUUUGUCUACCACAGCCGUGCUACCUUUUUUCAAUAGCUGGAAUAAGUUUCCUUUCUAAGUGCUUUGAAUAGGACUUCAAUUAGACCAAUGUUAUAAAUGAUUAUGUAGAAUAAAGUAUAACCUGGCGGAUGACAGAAUGUUUAAC